CCUGCAGGCGUAUAAACCAUCUUAAACAGAGUAUAAAAAGUAAAAAGAACUCAUUUAUAAUGCAUACGCAAGACAUGCAUCUAUACAUGGACAAACAUGGGAUACACGUCCUUGAAUAAAUACACAAAGGUGCACAAAAAAAUUCUCUAAACUGUAAUGAGCAUGGUAUUUGCACAAAGAAAAUUCAAUAUUGUGGGCAAAUUGGAAAGGCCCACUGCUUGUUGGAAUUACCCAGUUGUGCAAUCCCCUGAACUCUUACAAAACAAGGUCAAAUUAUGCAACUUGUGGAAGUUCCUGCCCGAGACCCUUAUAAGUCCGGCUGGCAGAGCCCAGGCUCUUCACCCACUGACUGCCAGCAUGAGGCCCCCCUGCUGCUGCUUCUUCCACUGCUCGCCUUGACCGCCCGGGCCAAGCACUUCCUUCCUCUGGACUGCGCCGCCAUCCACAAGCGUAACACCAGCAACCCCAGCGGCGUGUACACCACCUACCCGGCAGGGCCCUUGUCCCCGCUGCGCGUCUACUGUGACAUGGAAAGCGGUGGUGGGGGCUGGACAGUGUUCCAGCGCCGACUCGACGGCUCGGUCAAUUUCCUCCGGCCCUGGGACACCUACCGGGCCGGGUUCGGCAGCGCCGACGGCGAAUUCUGGCUAGGCCUGGAAAACGUGUUGCUGCUGACCAUGCGGACACAGAACGAGCUGCGCGUCGACAUGGAGGACUGGGCGGGGAACCGGGCGCACGCCCACUACGCCACCUUCUCCCUCGAGCCUGAAGCGGCCGGCUACGAGCUGUCCCUGGGGCACUUUAUGGACGGGGAGGCAGGGGACGCUAUGAAGGGCCAUAAUGGCAUGAAGUUCACGACCUUUGACAAGGACCAGGACCGCUGGGAGAAGAACUGUGCCGCCAAUUACAUGGGCGCAUUCUGGUACAACAGCUGCCACACAGCAAACCCUAAUGGAUUAUAUAUACCAAAAUCCAAUUCACCAUAUGGAUCAGUGUACAACAGCUGGCAAACCUGGAAAGGGAACGGAUACUCUUUGAAAAGCAUCUCCAUGAUGAUGAGACCCGUAUCUCACUGUUCUCACACAACUGAUUUUUAAAGGUUGGCCUGUAUCAUACCUGUUGAUUUAUAACUGUCAUGACACGAUUUGUGAAACUUUUUUUAAACAUAAAAACAAAUGUGUUGUAUGUGUGUAAA